UUCUUUUUCGCGUUGCCUCGCUGUUGUGCCCACUUCCCUCCGAAAGCCUUCGUCCAUACCUGGCAACGCUUUCAUCACCCCCAUCCCUGCUUUUGCAUCCGCUGUCUUGCUCAUAUAUAACAUAUAUAGACACAGAAGAAGCGCUGGUUCAGCUCUGUAGUGUCAGAGGAUUUGUCGAGAGUCCAGCUGCCAGCUUUUACCCGAGUUGUUGUUGCUUGUGUUUUUUCUUCCGAGGCUGUCAUUGGUUUCUGGUUAUGUAUGGUUGGAUCAGUCAGUGUGUGAUAGUGGACAAUGAGUGAUCCUCCUGUUCGCAGCAAUGCCAAUUCCUCCUCUUCACGAAAACGAGUAAAUCCGUAUGCGACCAAAAAGACGGCACCGCCCGAGUUGUUUCAAAAGCCAUUGGAGGAUUAUGACGACUUUAUUGUCGAGAAGGAAGUAGAUGAUUGGAAACAGAGUUCAGCAGCAAUGCCAACCAACAACACCACCAACAACACCACCAACAACAACAACACCACCACCACCAACAACAACAACAACAACCAUCAUCCAGAAGACACGGACGUGGCCAUGCCCAUGAGCGUCUCACUCCCUAUUUGGAAGCGAUUGCCUUCAAACAUGAUCAGUUUUGGGGCUGCCGAAAUACUGACCAUUUCGGAAAUUGGUCGUCAUGGAGGGCUCUAUUCCAAUGCCAACAGGCCUAUUCGUACUACGGGAGUUCUACGUCAUCGCAUUCAUCAUGGGAAUAGUACAGAAGUUUCCUUGGUACUGGAGGAUCCGUUGGCCAAACUGGCCGUCAAGGAACGAGGAGGACUCCAAACACCCGCCACCACCAAGGCCAAAAAGAUGAAGGGACGACGCAUCAGUUUUGGACCCACCAGGACCACUUCUUUGCUUCCCAAAACUCCCGGCACGGUUGCUAAAACUCCCAGUACAACAGUUGUUACCACCCAACCGCCACAAUCUACUUCUACUAAUCGAAGACCCAGCUUGGGCAUGCCACGCCACAACAGAACACCUCUGUUGGUCACUCCAGGUGGUCUCAAAACUCCGGCGGCUUCCCGCUCAUUUCAAACUCCGGCGGCUUCCCGUCCAUUCCAAACUCCUGGAGGAGGCUUGUCGUCAAUUCGCAAAAAACGACCACUGUCCUCUGUCACCAAACAACGGCCCCAAGAUGUUUUGGCCACAGCCUUGACUUCUCAUACCGUGUGGAUUGUGGUGGACCCGCAACAUGUCCCCGUGGACAAUCUGGCCGUGGGAGAUUUGGUGACGGUAUUUGGGAGCAUCAUCCAACUGCAGUCCGGCAAUGAGGACAAUAACACUUCACAAGUACCUCUUUCGUCAUUUGUCCGAGAAGUGGCAACCAAUCUACAACAAGCCAGCAGCAAACCACCACAAAAUAAUGAUGCUUCUGACAAGGACAAGAACAAUCCGUGUCUUUUUGUGCAGGCUCGAAUACUACGUCAAGACAAUGGAGCCAAUCCACGGUUGCAUUUGGAAGCGUUGAAACUACGGCGGAAACAUCUCCUGGAGACCUAUCACUCGUCGUCGUCUCAAAAACAACAACUACAACCAGGCGAGCUGCUGCUUGGCUGUGGUCCACCUCCGUACAAUUCUUCGAGGACCCAACCACCACAAGAGGGUGACGAAAUGACGAUAUGAUCAGCUCAAUUUACCGAUGGUUGGGUAUGAGCAUUAUUGUGAAGCAAACCCAGCUGCCUCGGAACUGGCUAGCUUCUGUAAGUUGCCUUUCUCUGAGUUUCAAACCGAAACUCCCGUGUCCACGCCUUUUCGGAGCUGUGUCAUUUGUGUGCUGGGCUGCGCAACAAAGAAGACUACACUCCAAACUCUAGAGUCUAGCUGACCAACCUUGACCAGAACACCCAAACCAAACGACCGUUAGGUUGUCUCAGUUCAGGACAACUCUAGCUAGCUAGCUAGCCGGUCUGGUCUGUAACGGUCGAGUGAGUAGACUGUCGCCACAAAAUCGCAUGAUAUUGUGGAGAUCAUCUAUCUGUGGGCUAAGCAAGAAUUAUUAGAUUUUUAACCCAAGAAAUCCUUAUCACUA